AUGAGAAGAAGGCAAGGAGAAGAAGGCAAUGAGAAGAAGGCAAGGAGAAGAAGGCAAGGAGAAGAAGACAAUGAGAAGGCAAGGAGAAGAAGGCAAGGAGAAGAAGGCAAGGAGAAGAAGGCAAGGAGAAGAAGGCAAGGAGAAGAAGGCAAGGAGAAGAAGGCAAGGAGAAGAAGGCAAGGAGAAGAAGGCAAGGAGAAGAAGGCAAGGAGAAGAAGGCAAGGAGAAGAAGGCAAGGAGAAGAAGGCAAGGAGAAGAAGGCAAGGAGAAGAAGGCAAGGAGAAGAAGGCAAGGAGAAGAAGGCAAGGAGAAGAAGGCAAGGAGAAGAAGGCAAGGAGAAGAAGGCAAGGAGAAGAAGGCAAGGAGAAGAAGGCAAGGAGAAGAAGGCAAGGAGAAGAAGGCAAGGAGAAGAAGGCAAGGAGAAGAAGGCAAGGAGAAGAAGGCAAGGAGAAGAAGGCAAGGAGAAGAAGGCAAGGAGAAGAAGGCAAGGAGAAGAAGGCAAGGAGAAGAAGGCAAGGAGAAGAAGGCAAGGAGAAGAAGGCAAGGAGAAGAAGGCAAGGAGAAGAAGGCAAGGAGAAGAAGGCAAGGAGAAGAAGGCAAGGAGAAGAAGGCAAGGAGAAGAAGGCAAGGAGAAGAAGGCAAGGAGAAGAAGGCAAGGAGAAGAAGGCAAGGAGAAGAAGGCAAGGAGAAGAAGGCAAGGAGAAGAAGGCAAGGAGAAGAAGGCAAGGAGAAGAAGGCAAGGAGAAGAAGGCAAGGAGAAGAAGGCAAGGAGAAGAAGGCAAGGAGAAGAAGGCAAGGAGAAGAAGGCAAGGAGAAGAAGGCAAGGAGAAGAAGGCAAGGAGAAGAAGGCAAGGAGAAGAAGGCAAGGAGAAGAAGGCAAGGAGAAGAAGGCAAGGAGAAGAAGGCAAGGAGAAGAAGGCAAGGAGAAGAAGGCAAGGAGAAGAAGGCAAGGAGAAGAAGGCAAGGAGAAGAAGGCAAGGAGAAGAAGGCAAGGAGAAGAAGGCAAGGAGAAGAAGGCAAGGAGAAGAAGGCAAGGAGAAGAAGGCAAGGAGAAGAAGGCAAGGAGAAGAAGGCAAGGAGAAGAAGGCAAGGAGAAGAAGGCAAGGAGAAGAAGGCAAGGAGAAGAAGGCAAGGAGAAGAAGGCAAGGAGAAGAAGGCAAGGAGAAGAAGGCAAGGAGAAGAAGGCAAGGAGAAGAAGGCAAGGAGAAGAAGGCAAGGAGAAGAAGGCAAGGAGAAGAAGGCAAGGAGAAGAAGGCAAGGAGAAGAAGGCAAGGAGAAGAAGGCAAGGAGAAGAAGGCAAGGAGAAGAAGGCAAGGAGAAGAAGGCAAGGAGAAGAAGGCAAGGAGAAGAAGGCAAGGAGAAGAAGGCAAGGAGAAGAAGGCAAGGAGAAGAAGGCAAGGAGAAGAAGGCAAGGAGAAGAAGGCAAGGAGAAGAAGGCAAGGAGAAGAAGGCAAGGAGAAGAAGGCAAGGAGAAGAAGGCAAGGAGAAGAAGGCAAGGAGAAGAAGGCAAGGAGAAGAAGGCAAGGAGAAGAAGGCAAGGAGAAGAAGGCAAGGAGAAGAAGGCAAGGAGAAGAAGGCAAGGAGAAGAAGGCAAGGAGAAGAAGGCAAGGAGAAGAAGGCAAGGAGAAGAAGGCAAGGAGAAGAAGGCAAGGAGAAGAAGGCAAGGAGAAGAAGGCAAGGAGAAGAAGGCAAGGAGAAGAAGGCAAGGAGAAGAAGGCAAGGAGAAGAAGGCAAGGAGAAGAAGGCAAGGAGAAGAAGGCAAGGAGAAGAAGGCAAGGAGAAGAAGGCAAGGAGAAGAAGGCAAUGAGAAGAAGGCAAUGA